AGCGAAGAUCUUUUAUUAUCUUCAUUUUCACAGAGUGGAAAAACCGUUUUGGCCAACUUCCUGACAGAAUCUUCCGACAUCACUGAAUACAACCCAACCCAAGGAGUGAGGUUCGAGUCUUGCUGGCCAGCCCUGAUGAAGGACUCUCACGGGGUGGUCAUUGUCUUCAAUGCUGACAUCCCAAGCCACCUGAAGGAAAUUGAGAUGUGGUAUUCCUGCUUUGUCCAGCAGCAGUUUUUACAGGAUACUCAGUGUCUGUUAAUUGCACACCACAAACCAGGCUCUGGAAGUGAUAAAGGAAACCCGGCUUUGGUGCCACCCUUGAACAAACUGAAGCUGGUGCACUCGAAUCUUGAGGAUGACCCCGAAGAGAUCAGGGUGGAAUUCAUCAAGUACUUAAGAAGCAUAAUCAACUCAGUGUCUGAGAGCAGAGACCGGGAGGAGAUGUCAAUCAUCACCUAACCGGCCUUCAUCUGGAUGCUUCCACAUCCCAAGUGAUGUCAGCUUCUCUCCCACUGCAGACCUGAAACCCACCGGCUGCUACUGUUCUCUUGUCCCUGCGGCUGGAGAAGACAUCUUCCUUAUUUGCCCAAAGGUACCGGUCAGCCAGGGAAUUGACUUGUACCAUCUGUUCUCUGCCCUUUGCUCAACUGAGAAAAUCUUGUUGUUGAAUCCUGAUUCCUUUGCAUAGACCCCUCCAAAGAGCUGGAAAACUGAGGUGGCUUUUUUCUUUUCCCCUUCAAAUAUGUCACGUUAUAAAAAUUGUGGACUUGUAACUGUCACAGCCCAGUGAUACAACAGUGGUUUAAUCACAUGUAUUGGUUUGAAUAUGGUUUUCAUUCCUUAAUCUUUACAACUCACCUAAUUAUUUUUGAAAAAUAUUAGCAUUUAUCCUCUCCAAGAUUUUAUUUUCAUUGAGAUGUCGUUGGUAUCUGGAUACCACAUCACAUCAGAAGGUGGAAUACAUAUACAUCUUCUAAAAAGCUUUCUUACUAUCUUAGGGGAAUUUAAUUCUUAAAUAUUACUUUAUGUAAUACAUGGAAAAACACGUUAUAUUGUCAUAAGUCCUAAUUUGUAAAAAUGGUCAAAAGAUUUAAUGCUCAGAAUAACCAAAUAAGGUGAGUUUACAGCUUAUUAUACAAGUGAGUUUGUUUUAAUAAUCUUAGGAAUUAUUGUCCAUUCAUAACUUUCAUCUUUUAUAUAGCCAACCUGAAAAUACAUAAAAUAGAUCAAAAGUUGAUACAGGGGCUUUUCAACUGAGAGUGGGAGAAAAGUAGGGAAUACUUAAGAUGGAAUAUUACU